AAGAGGACCUUCGGUCUAAACCCAGGCUUCUACUGGCAGACUGUGGAGACUCAGGAACUCAGCUGUCAGAGGCCUGAGACCAUGUGCACUCAGCUGCUACACACAGAGAUAGCUGUUGCUCUGGGAUACACUUCUUUGUUCCUGCAUCCCCUGGUGGUUCACCACACCCUCCACCUUCUCCACAACUCAGGGUUGGGUGUUUGUGGCCUCCGCCUCCUUUACCCUCCUCUUGGCUUUCUGACCAACAGCACCGGCAGAGUAUCCUACGGGCAGGGAGAUGAUGGAGCCGAUCAGCCUGUCCUUGCCCUGGCUGUCCGAGGGCCUCACGCCCGCACCGUGUGGCAGGAUGUAACAGGCCCUUCAGACCCCCUGCUGGCUAGGAAGACAGACCCGGCAUCCAUCAACGCCCUGCACUACAGCAGCAAGAACUUGCCCCUCCUCUACUCCCCUCGCCUGGCCAGCAGUGUGCACAGGGAACUGGUCACGUGGUUCGCAGGGAGAGUUCCAGGAAAUAAUUCCCAGAACCCUGACCAGGCUCCAACUGACAGCUCUGCCCCUGGCGAUGGAGAGGGAAGCAGCCCCUUGUAUUUAACCAGGUCCUCUACCACCCUGUGUGCUACUGUUAAAGUGGACGUGUUCUUGAUAGUGUCUCCAGCUGUGGCGCCAUGCUGCUACAGCCAGGUUCUGUCUGUGUGUGAAGGCAGAGGGUUCAGUCUGAGGGGGGCCCAGAGGCUGCAGCUCUCCACCAAAUGAACCCAGGCACUGGGACUCACCAGACAGCAGGUGUCAGUGUUCUGCAGUCCGCCCACUGUUACUGUGGAUGAGAAGAGGGUUGAGCUGUCUUCCCACUGCCUGGUCUUCUGAGGAGAGAGAGUGGCCUGCGUCACUGUGCCAGCCUGCCUGCAGUUAUAGCACUUAACCUAUAAUACCUAAUAUCUCUGCUUCUAUCACCUCAAAAGUACACUGAGUGUACGAAACAUUAGGAACACCUUCCUAAUAUUGAGUUGCACGGCCUUUUGC